CUGAACUAGUGCAGCCAGUUCAGUUAAAACGAACAGACCUAAUGAGAGCGAGGAUGACUGACACGGUUGAAGAACUAUAAUCAUAACUGAUGCGACACGUGAUAUUAGUAAAUGUUUCGAUGCCUCUUUUCUUAUCGUGAAUAAAUGUUUACUUUUGCGAUAAACAAUUUCUGAUAACAAUAGAGUUCGCGGUUAUAAAUCUAUGAGAAUGACCAUUCUCUAUUCAGAGAAUUCCACAUAUUAUCGAGGAGGAGUAGCUGAUAAAGGCAGUAUUGAAAAUACACGCAGUGAUCUCGAAACUAUGAUGAAUUAAGAAUUUGCAAUCUAAAUUCUUCCAACAAGACGAAACUUGAUAAUACACAAUAAACAGUUUCGAUAACGAUGGAGUUCGUAGCCACACAAAUCUUUGAAGAUGACGAUUUUUCACCUACUCAGAAAAUUCCUGAUACUAUUGAAGAGGAAGAGCCAGUAUUGGUUGGAACAUUAAGUAUCAAUUCCAAUGAAUAUCAGAUUAAAAGAGGGAUUACACAAAUCGGUAGAUUUUAUGGUUGCGACAUUGUUAUAAAUGAUGUGACAGUAUCGAAAAUACACGCAGUGAUUGAAGCUAUGAUAAAUCAAGGAUCAAGAACUUGGAUUUCUGAUCUAAAUUCUUCCAACAAGACGAAACUUGAUAAUGAAAUAUUGCUACCUAAACGUUUAUAUGAACUCAAGGAUGGAAAUAUUAUUAAAUUUGGUAGAGUGCACGCGAUUUAUCGCGCAUAUCGUCCGAAGGUGAUACCAGAAACACCUGCGCCAUCGCAAAAAAGAAUUACGAGUACAAUAAUCCCGAGCACUCCGGAUUCAUCUCUCAAUAAUUUAUCCAAUGAUGAUGGAUCCGUUAUCCUUGGAACACAAAGAGACGAACAAAACGGUGUCUUUCGGCGUCCGUUGAGUCCACAACAACACCAGUCCGCAAGCAUCGGUAAAAAAAAUAUUUUUCUCGCAUCUUCCAGCAAGAGCAAUGAUUUACAAAGUGCCACUAUAUUACCUGCAUCCAAUAUUAAUAUUAGCGAAAACCGAGAACCUAGUAGUAUAUUUGAUAUAGAAACACAGAAAUUCGAAGGACAUGAAAUGAUAACAUCAAAUUCUAUUCAUGAUAUAGAAACGCAAAUAUUUUCCAAAGAUGGGUCUACAUAUUCUAUUCAAGCAAAUACUAAAAUUAACAAACAGCUAGAAUCAAAGCUAAAUGUUCAAGAUGAAGUAACUAGCACCUCUGUGACAGAUAUUCAUGAUAUGGAAACGCAAAAUUAUAUUAACGAACUGGAGACUCAAAAGAGCGAGGACAAUAUUCAGAAUGUAAUACUGAAGAGGUUUACAACAGAUAUUCAUAAUGCGGAAACGCAAAAUUAUAUUGAUGGUACUAGCAAAAAUGAUUGCAAUACGAAAAAAUCCAAAAUUGAUAAGAAUAAAAAUCAAAAAAAAGUUUUAGAUCAAGUUGAAUGCAAUAUUAACGAUUCAGAAACACUAAAAUUUGAUAAUAAAGAUAUUGCAGAAGACUUAUCCAAUAUAGAAACUCAAAUGGAUAAUAAUGUAAAUGAUAUCAGUAAUGAUCGAGUUAAUAUGGAUAAAGAUGUAGCAAACAUUACUAAAAAUGGAAUUAAUGAUGAUAAUGAAAAAGUUAAAGAUAACACAAUUGAAACUAUUAAAACCAAAAUCAAUUAUGAUAAUGUUGCACAAUCGCCAAAUUCCAGAUCUAGUAGCCCAGGAUCUUUGAAUUUAUCAUCACCGGGAGUCGAUAAAGAUUGCGUUUCUUCAUUACAUAGUGACCAUUUGCUCGAAUCAUCAGAUUUAUUAGAAUACUUUGGCGAGGGCAUUGAUAAAGAUUAUCGGGAAGAAAUACAAGCGUCUAAUACAUCUACACCAAAAUCGCAUAUGAAAACAUCAUCGGAAAGAGAUAACAAUGCCGGAAAUAUGUCGAACAAUGAUGAAAACAGUAUUUUCGACGUUCCCACUCAACGCCUUUGUGAUUUUGAAUCAAGGAAAUCAGACGAAAUCAAUGAGAAAAAUAUACACAAGCUUUCGAAGAAAAAGAAUGGAUCAAAGGAAACCAUCAAUAAUGAUCCAGAAAUGAAUUCAGAGGAAUUCGUUAAAAAGCAGCGCAAAUCUUUAAACAUUUCGGAUAAGUCUUGCAAUGACAAUAUAGAUAAUAGAAAUGAUCCAGGCACGAGUAUUGAAUCUGAAGACAUAUUUGAUGCACUAACGCAAUCGAAUAGUUUUGCAGUUAAGGAUACAUCUAAUUCAUCAGGCAGCAACCAUUUAUCGAAAAUCAAUGAAACUGACGCUGUUGUUGAUGAUAUGGCGCCGACACAGAUUAUAAGCAACAAUGACACACAUGAUCAAGACAAUUUGGUAAAUAAAUCUUUGGCAGAUAUCAAUGAUAUUAAUAAUGCAAUCGAAGAGGGACGAACGAAACAUACUGGCCGCUAUCAGAAGAAAGCUAUCAGAUCUUUUCAAACAGAUGCAGAUGACAGUCUGGAACAAAAACUUAAUGAAAUGUUUGAAAAUGUUAAUAGCAGCAUUCAUGAGCCACCACAUCUAUCGACUCAGGCUCUCGAAGAUAUUCUAGAAUCAUCGCAGAGUGAUAACGAAUUAUCUGUCAACAAACACACUGUAAACGAAAGCUCGCGUACAGAUAACGUAUUGCAAACGCAGUUAAAAAAAAAAAAUUGCACACCUUGCAAUCAAUCUCCGUGUGAUAUACCAGAUACCGAAGCGAAUAACAUAAACAAUGUGGAGAUUGAUUUGCAAACUUCAGAUACUCAUUUUUCUACUCUUACAAGACAGAAAAGAAAUAUUUCGAGAGAGACACAGAAGAGAGAGAAAGAGCUCGUAGAUUCUAUGCUCCAGAAUAUAACUUCUUCUCGUCAAGACUCUAAUAUAUCACGAAUAUCUAAAGUAAAUGAAAAAGUUGAUGAUAAUACAAUUACAAAAUUUAAUAAAGAAGAUAAAAAGACUUCAAAAAAUGAAACUAAUAUAAUGACAGAUAGUUUAAAUAACGAUAACAUAACCGAAACUACCUCAAAUAACAGGAACAAUGAAAAUAAUCUUCGACUUUCGAUGAAAAGAAAAUAUGGAGCUGCGUCGGAAACAGGUAACAAACAAAUUUUGAAAAAUGAUCCUAACAAAGUCGAAGUCGAUAAUGUAGAAAAGGACUCGGGGAGUGAAUCCAAUGUUUGUGCACCUUGUGCAUCAAGAGAUGCAGAACGUGCACAAACGUCGGAUAUAUCAUAUGAGAGCGACGAUGACAUUUUAACACGUUUACCAGCGGUUAAAAUAUCGGGGACGCUCUCAAAUCCAGCGAGUCCUUCCGCAUCAUCGACGUCGACUAUUUGUAACGAAAAGCUCAAAAGAAUAAAAGGUAGAAAUAAAAAAAUUAUACGAAAUAAAUUACGCAAGCAAAGUGCUGAGGACGCUGAAAAGAACGGAAGCUCGAAUCAAAAGCACGAUAAAACGACAAUUUCAUUAGUUGAUAAUAUGCCCGAUUUAAAUGUGAAAACUAAUAAAAUGACGAAACAUGUAUUGGAAGAAGUCGAUACUUCUGAUGAUUCUGACACUGAAAUGAAAACUAAACGAUUCAAGCAAAUGGCAGACAGAAUAAUGUUAAAUAAUAGGGACGAUUAUCCGAAACGCGGUAAAAAAAACGUACGAAAUACGUUCAACAAAAAGGAAAGUGCGCCCAACCUAUUAUCUAAUUUAUCGAAUAAUCUGAAAUUAGGUACUGACGAUGAAUUGAAAAUUUCUACGCAUACAACUUCAAGUUCAAGAAUCACGCGACAUUCCAGUAAACAAAAUGGCGCGACUUCGGAUGUAUCGCGCAAAGAAGCCCGCGUGGAAAAUGAGACCUACGAUAAAUCUACGAAGCCAGAAACGAGAUCUAUCGUCAGGAAAAAAAGAACAGUGAAUUCGAUUGAAAAUGAUGUCAAGGAAACGAAUUCGAGGAAACGUAAAGCACAUCAAGUCAUCGAGGCACGUCCGAUUCUUAUGCGGGCUCGAAGAAACACAGUAAAAACAGAUGUUGACAGGCAAUCUCCAAUUCUUGAUAACUUUAUUAAAAUUAACUCACGCGAAAAUUUCCCGGUGAUUGGAAAUACGAAGUAUUCCCGAGAUAAUAAAACAGUACCUGAAACUAUAUUAGGCGAAAGUCAAAAAACCUUAGAUUUAAAAACAGAUGAGAAUAUCGAUUCUGGAAGAUCUAAUAUUAAACGAAGCAAACGUAAAAUUAAUGAUGAUCAAACUGCAAUGAAUGCUGAUGUAACUGCGAAUAAAAGUAGUGUUAACAAUGAACAAGUCCAAGUGCAACAAAGACAGAUGAAUCUAUCACAAGACAAAGUUUUAAAGGUCGUAAUUAGUCCCAUAAGAUCUGUAAUAAAUUCUAUAGAAGACGAAUCACAAGAAGUGGAAAUGAUCACAGGAAAAAAUCUGAGUAAUGUGCAGGACAAAAAUUUAUCGAUUAGAGAAACUAAUACUGCAAAGAUGUUUCAAAGGAAAUCAAGGAUGAGAAGCAGGAAACAACUCAACAUAGAUACCGAAACAGAUUCAGUUUUCACUGAGAGCAAUACAUCAUUUUUCAUAGAUGAUUCUAAUACACAAUCUGAUGAUUCCAUACUGAAAAUUAAAAUUCGCAAGAGAUUUACUAAAAGUUCCACAGGAGAAACACAUGCUCUGGAAAAAAAGGAAACAUUUAAAAAGCCUAUUAGUGUCAACCAGAAUUCUGCAAGUUCAAGCUUUGAUUCCUCCACAGAAGAUACAAUCAAUGAAAGCAGUCAAAAUAGUAAUACAGAAAAUGAUACUUCGUCAAGUUCUAGAUCUUCAAGAUCAAAAAUGGCAAGUAUCAGAAAGAACGAAAAGAUUAAAGUAACUCGAAGUAUGCGUAAAAUCAAUGACAGUACUUCUUCAACGAUAAAUAUAAGUACAGAAAUUACUCCUCUCCCAUCAACGCCUUUAACCAGAAUGCGUCGGAGUUCAUCUGUUUUUAGUUAUUCCACACCAUCCACUGCGAGACACAGAGUUUUGUUUACAGGUACAACAGAGGACUAUAGCAAUAUCGUUAAAACAUUAGGUGGAAACAAAGUGGAAGAUCCAGCAAAGUGCAGCAUUUUGGUUACUGACAAAGUUCGCAGAACGUAUAAAUUUUUAUGUGCGCUAGCGAAAGGUAUACCUAUAGUGACCAUAAAUUGGUUAAAAGACAGUGAAUCAGCAACUCGAUUUUUGGAUUGGGAAAAUUACAUACUAAAAGAUCCUGUUGCCGAAGCCAAAUUCGGCUUUAGAUUGAGAAAAAGUCUUGAUAAGGCUAAGGAACAAAGAUUACUAGAUGGCUAUACUGUUAUAUUGACAUCAAAUAUUGCGCCCCCACCAAUAGAAGAAUUAAAAGACAUGAUAACGUCUUGCGGAGGAAAAGCUUUAUUACGUCCACCAAAUAAAUGGCCUGAAAAAGCGGUAAUAGUAUCCCGUGAAGAAGAUUUGUCAAAUGCGAAAAAAUUUCUCGUAAAGGCACCAAAGACUGUUACUAUACAAUCCACGGAAUUUAUUCUGACUGGUAUUUUAAAGCAAGAAACGGAUUUUGAUAAAUAUAGAAUAAUGUGAUUACCAGUGAACCCUUCCCCUCCUUUAAUAAGAACUAUUAAUGCUGUCAAUAUUUAGGUAUCUAAAUAUUUUUGUUACUAAUUAUAUUAUAUUAUAUUAUAUUAUAUUAUUAUAUUAAUUGUUUAAAAAUUAGUAUGUAUAAACAAACACAACGCUAUAUGCUGUCACAUUCCCAGUAAACAAAAGUUGAUACAAUUAUUUUAAUUUUUUUAUUAAUUAUUAAAUUAUAACUUUAAAAUUUUAAAAUUUACUUAUAAAUAAAAAUUGGUGCAAUUGCUUUAAAUUUUUAUUUUUUUUUUAAACUUGCAAAUGUGUUUUAUUAAUAGUUCUAUUAAUUGAACAAAUCUUGAUAAGAAUCAACAUUAAUCAUAAUUGUAUAAUAAU